AUGACAGAAGAUCAACAACCCGCCAUUCACGAGCAAGAUACUCCGCCAAUGCUGACACAUUCUCAAAGGCCAUUGACGCAAGCUAUACCAUUUCCAAUACCCACGGACAUAUCUACAGCGCAUUCAAGCGUCUCUAUCGGACAUCCUCCACCAACGGCACAGACGGUGUCCAACCUUGUGGAUUCUGUACGUUUUACCGCACUAGAGGGGAUGGUGAACCAGUUGGCGACCAAUAUGGCCACCAACAUGACAGAGCUCAUGGCUAUGCUCAGGGAUCAGAAUCGGGCUUCAUCAAGCUUUAUUUCGCCUCCGGAGCACAGGACAACUGCAGAUCCGAAUCUGGUCGUUCCUCCAAUCCAUGUUACGGAUAAUGAGGACAUAUCUUUCUCGGCAAGGGCGUAUGCACCGACGGUUCAUCCGAUCAGUGAUCCUCUACUGCUACCACCUGCUCCGACAGCAGUUCCGUUGCCACCAGCGGCUUUUUUAUCCACGGAUUUAGCUAUGCAUGCGCUGCCACCGCUAACCCUGCCAAUGCGUCCUCCAAUCUACACUGUCCCGCCACCGACGGUCCCUCCGGUGAUAAACGCUCAGGCUCCUGUUUCCACCAUGGACCAAUUUCCUUUCCAAGCUCCACAACCCCAAAUAUGCUUCUCUUACCCAGCUCUACCACCUCCGAACAUUCUUCCUACUGAACCCAGCAUGCCUACUCAGGCCGCCCCUCCAGCUCCACCGAUAAACUUUCUCUCGGAAACAGAGACAGAACAGGAGAGGAGAAUGAAGAAAAUGGAAGAGACCAUCAAAGCUCUUCAAGCGGGCAGUUCCCGUUUAGAUUACAGUAACAGUGACUGGAAUAUCUUCCCGGGCAUGCGGCUGCCCCCUAAGAUCAAGAUUCUAGACUUCAAGAGCGCUAGAUUGGUUUAUGACCCUGAAAGCCAGCGACGUCCCUACACAUCUUUCCCAGAAGUUCCUCGACCAGUAUCGAUUUUGCGUAGAGACUCCCCCUACUCUUCUCGAUCUCAGCAUGACAGAGAUAAGAGAGGGUCAGACUUUCGAAGCAUGUGCAACGGAGUGGAGGGGAAAAGCGACUUGAUCGAGGCAGGAAAGAAGUUUGACAUGGGUGUUAAGCUAGGGAGAAUUGAAGGUCUCUCGAGGAAGAAGGACGGAAAAACAUCCAAGAAGUAG